AUGGCAGAAUAUUCUAAAGUAAAAUCCACCAAGCUGGUGCUGAAAGGACUUAAGGAUAAAAGUAAGAAGAAGCACAACAAUAAGAAAAGAAAGCUAGAGGAUUCAGAAGAGAAUAAGCUGGACAUUGUUGGAAAUUGGUGGACGGUCAAAUGUUUUGGUGACAUUUCAGGGAUGGUAGCCAUUGAAAUGGACAAAGGAGCUUAUAUCCAUGCCCUUGACAAUGGUUUAUUUACUAUAGGUGCUCCACAUAAAGAUGAUGAUGGGCCAGCUCCACCAGAACAAUUCACAGCAAUAAAAUUAUCAGAUAGCAGGAUUGCACUCAAGUCUGGUUAUGGAAAGUACCUUGGCAUUAAUUCAGAUGGACUGGUUAUGGGCCGUGCCGAUGCUAUUGGUGCUAGAGAACAGUGGGAACCUGUAUUUCAAGAAGGGAAAAUGGCUUUGCUGGCUUCAAACAGCUGUUUUGUUGGCUGUAAUGAAGAAGGGGACUUGGUAGCACAAAGCAAGGUUGCUGGUGACGGAGAAAUGAUAAAGAUCCGAUGCUGUGCGGAGAGAGAAUCAACAAGGAAAGAUGAUAUUCCUGAUGAAGACAGAGGCAAUGUAAAACAAUGUGAGCUCAAUUAUGUCAAGAAAUUUCAAAGUUUCCAGGACCGUAAACUUAAAGUAAGCAAAGAGGAUCACCGGGAUCUUAAGAAAGCUAGGAAAGAGGGAACCUUUCAUGAAACACUUCUGGACAGGAGAUCAAAGCUAAAAGCGGACAGAUACUGCAAGUGA